AUGAAUUGUGGGAUCACAAAGACAGUUGAGGUAUCGGUUACAGAGACAUCAAGUGACCAGAGCAGAGCCACUGGAAAUUACUGGUGUAUUAUCCAUGAUUUGAACUCUCAGCCCCCCACAGUCUUAGAGCGUAUCUCGACGCUUGUAGAAGCACAGCUUCAUAAUACAGCCGCGAAUUCUAAGGAUGAUAAUUCCGUGGCACACGAACUAGGGGACGUCGAGGUUCGUAGCUCUAGAGCGGAUGCUACCGUUAUUGGGCCGCCAGAUGUUUGGGAGCCUGAACCGUUUCAAGAUAGCGAAGUUUCUUCUAACUUAGCAAGCGAAACGUCCUCUGAUGCGGCCAGCGAAACGUCCUCCGGUGAGGUUAGCGAAACGUCCUCUGAUGAGGCCAGCGAAGCAGAAGGCAGUGUUGUCUGA